AUGCAUUGGUCUCCAGCUGAAUCUGCAAAAGACAAUGUUCAUGCGCAACGGAUGGGUCUCGGAUGCCCCAUUCAUGCUCAAGGGAACGAACAUAUCCGAAUGCACCAGCUACGUUUAUCUGGGUCAGGAAUUGAACAUGAAGAACGACUUGAUCCCCAAGCUGGGCAGGAGGAGACGAGCAGCUUGGGAGCGUAUAAGAGCAUCGAGGAUGUAGUAAAGAAGACCAGCAAUAUCCGGCUCCGUGCUCACCUCUUCAACAUCACCGUACUUCCUGCUUUGGCCUAUGCUUCGGAAUCCUGGGCAUUUCGCAAGCAGGAAGAAAACGCGGUUGGACGACGACCUGUGGUGAAAGCUAAACUCGCCGUGGCAUGGCUGCUUAGUUUGGGGAAAAGUCUCUUUGUCACUCCAGCAUAUUCAGUGCCUCAGUACCCUGCACACUGGGCCCUGCCGUCUCAGACGUCGGACGGUAUGGCGACCGGCGACACACGCACGACUCGCCAUGGAGACGGUCUCAGAUUGUGUACUUACAACGCGAGAACAGUUUUCACAGACGCUGACCUGCAUGCCCUUCUCGGAGCUGCAGAGCGUAUCAAAUUUCACGUGAUUGCUCUGCAGGAGACCAAGUGCAGAAGGAGCGACGUACGACAGAUGAAUGACGGUACACUCGUCAUUCGUGGGGAGAAGGUUCCGUCGCGAAAUGUAGGCGGUGUUGGUUUUGUUGUGCACCCAUCUGUCGUCCAUCUCGUCGAUUUUCACGAGAUCCUGUCACCUCGUCUGGCCAUUCUUCGCCUCCGCCCUCUGCGCCAAAAAUCUAUCAGUAUCAUCAAUUGCUAUUCACCAACAUCAGCAGCUGAUGAUUCCGAAAUGGACGCGUUUUACGAGGAGCUGGAGGAAGUAGUCCGCAACGAGAAGUCCUUUUACAAAUUCAUUGUCGGAGACUUCAACGCAAAACUAGGAAAAGCCAAAGAAGAGGAAUACAGGAUUGGAAUAUUUGGAAUAGGGGACCGGAAUGAAAAUGGCAAUCGUCUCGCCGGGCUGUUGUCUGCCGCUCGCCUCUUUCAUGGGAACUGA